UUUUCUAAUUUAAAAUGGAUAAAAGAAAAGUUAACCGUCAAUGGCAAAAGUCUGAAGUGAGAACUUUAAUCGAACAAUUGGAAGCACAGCCCGAUUUAUGGGAUCCAUCGAGACCAAACUACCAAAAUCGAAAUAUAAAACAAAAAUUGCUUCAAGAAAUGGCAAUAUCUCUAAAUGUAACGUCACAAGAAAUUUCAUCAAAAUUACAUUCGUUGAGAACACAAUUUAAUCGAGAAUGUAGCCGAGAAAAAAAGCAAAAAAGCGGUUCCGGGGGUGAUGAAAUUUAUAUAUCAAAAUGGGAAUAUAUGUCCAGCCUACACUUUUUAAAAGUAGGAUCGGUAUCUGGCGAAACUUUUUCGAAUUUGAAUACGCACACAUUAAAAUCAAAUGAUUUGCCGUGCCUUUUAAAUGAGCUAGAAACACGUGAUUUGAUAGUUGUAAGCACAGAUUCCUCAGACACACAGUCCGAAUAUGGUGAAAGAUCCUCAAAUCAAAAGAUAACACAUUCUCAAACAACAAACCAAAGAACCGCGAAAAGAAAGUACUACGAAGAUAAAGAAAAUCUGUUAAUGGAACGCGCUAUAGCCGUGAUGGAUCAACGAUCAGAUGAAUGGGACAUAUUUGGGCAAUUCGUAGCCAGUGAGCUACGUCAGAUAUUUGAUCCAAUUAAGAAAAAUACUGUAAAAAGAUUAAUAAUGAAUACUUUGAUGUCUCAAGGAAUUUUCGAACAAACGGAAAAUGGAUUUACAGCUGAAACAAGAUACAUGGUCGUCAGUGACGAUGACAUUCAAAAGAGUAAUUCUUCUUUAUAG